GGUAGUUCGGAAACUCGCGAUGGCCGUUAGAGAAACCUGGCGGCAACGACUCGCAUCUCAGAUGUCUUUUAUACUCCGAAAUGUCAAAAUACUCCUCUUCGAAACUGGCGCGCCCCGUUUGGUGAACGAAGCUCGGCUUGACAUCGAGAAUGCGGUGACGACACACGCCGUUCGGUCACGGUUUGCCGAGGUUUCCCGACUACUAAUGAGCUGUGCUCGGGAAACGAACGAAUCGCGAGUCCGUACGGCCGUCAUACGAUUCUGGACGUUUUCACGGUACCGUGCAUCGUCUGGCGACUCGCCGCGACUGCCACGUCGAUUCCCGACCAUUCUACCACCGGUGCAGACCAAGGACAGUGCUAGGGCGCACCAUGACCAGUGUGUCCAACCUCACCCUCAGCACUGACGUGAAGAACCCGGUGGGGAAACUGCAGGGAGGGUUCGAGUGCAAGUACUGCAGCUUCCAGACUCAGGACCUGAACGAGUUCACCUCUCACGUGGACUCUGCACACCCUCACGUCAUCCUCAACCCCACCUACAUCUGUAAACUCUGCAACUUCUCCACUAAGAGGUAUGAGAUGUUUAUGCAGCACAACCAGAAGAACCACCCAGACAACACCAAGCUGGCACUGAAGGUCAUCAAACAGAACGGCACCACCUUCCUGGAACAGAACCCUGUGGGAGGGGCAGAGGACUCAAAAACAACCAAUGGGGAGAGGAACGACACUGCUGAGGGAACGGAGGCAGAUGAAGACAAAGAGGAGACACAGGGUGAAGAUGACUCCGAAACAGUGGGCGCCUUCCAUACCCCAAUGAUGCAAAAACUCCUGGACCAGAAGACCUCAGCCCGUCAAGGUGACGCAGUGGACGAUGACCAGUUCUCUGCUUCGUCAACUCUUCAGAAGCUGUGCCAGACAGCGGCCAACCCACCCGUUACCUACGCCACCAUUAGUGUAUCGAAUGCAGACAGUCAUAGUGACGCAGUGCUGAGGGAGUACUUCAACAAGUUUCCAUACUUCUCGGAAAAAGAGCUGGAAGAGAUUGUAGACAAGACUGGUAUGACUGAAGACGAGGUAAGAACGUGGUACACUGCUCAGAGACAACAGCUGUCAGUCAACUGGACUGCAGAGGAGAUUGAACAAUACCGGGCAUCAGGAGUCCCUGCCGCAUGGGCUGAUCGCAAUAAGGAGCCAGAAAAGACCAUGAAGGUGGUAAAAACACUCUUUCCUCCCAGCAGAGUUAGCCCUACUGCUAAGGAUCGCACAAAGAUCGCAAAAGUCUCUCGUCCCAAACCCUCGCAAGGAGAAGGAGGUAACUGGAAGAAAACGCCCGAGCAGUUACAACUUUUGAAGAGAGCGUUCGGUAAGACUCAGUUUCCAACCCCUCUCGAGGUGGACAAGCUUGUGCGAGCGACAGGACUUACCUCGGGCGUUGUGAAGAAGUGGUUCAGUGACACGCGAUACCAUGUCAAGCACAGCAAGGGAACCAAAGGACUGUGUGUGUACAAGGAGGAUCUGAAUGAGACGUUAGACAGUAUUAUUGAGUCGUCAUCGUUGAAGGCGCCAAUUAGACCCAGAGGCAGGCCGCCAAAAUCACCCAAUGCUCCCAGAGGUAGGCCACCUCUGUCCCAGUCACCUAGAGGCAGGCCACGAUCUCCGAGGUCUCCAAGAUCUCCAAGAGCACAAGUACACUUCAGCACUUCAGACACAACAAAGGUGAAGAUAGAAAGGAGUGCUAUGGACAUGGAAUGGCUGGAGAGGAAAGGAAAGUCGGAGUACCAGCUAGACCUCCUGAAAAUCAAUUUUCAACAGAAUCCUUACCCGUCAGAGUUCGACGUCGACAAACUUCGUGAGGAGACCAAGAUGACGGCAAGAGAGAUCGGCAGGUGGUUCAAUGACUGUAGGAGGGAGAAGGGGCUACCACAGGAUGAGAAGUACUACGUACCGCCCCAGGAGCCUGUCACACAAAGUGGCGAAGAAGAGGUGGAUGAUACACUAGUACCCAAAGAUGAACCGAUGUCUCCAGGGCAGCCUGAUCUAGUAGACUAUUUCAACGGCGGCGUUGAAGAAGACUCAGGUUCUGACAACGAUAAAAGCCGAUCAAAUGAUGUGAACGAAAACAGCGUUAGAAGUAAUGGAAACAAGAACGGCAUCGCCUCGCCAACGAAAGUUGCCACCUUGAAUGUUGAGGACAAAGACAAAUCCGAUUCUCUCACAGAAGAACAGGAAAAAGAAGUAGAACCUGGAGCUGGAAAGGGGGAGGACCAUGAAACCAAAGAUGUGGCAUCAGAUGACGAUGAUGAUGAUGAUGAUGAUGAUGGAGGGAAAGAUGCAGAAAUGGAGGAUGAGGAGAGUGGGCUGUACAUGGAUGUACAGGAUGAGCCUGUAGUGGGGAUGGAGGACCAAGAAGAUGCUGAGGAAGAAGAGGAAGGAUGGAACCAGGACAGGGAACAGCAACAGGGAACUGCAACCCACAAAAACAACAGCCAGGAGCAGAACAAGAAAAAGAGCGGAGACGUCAAAACGACCAUGAAGGUUUUCUACGACAGGACGGGGAGAGUAAAGCGAAGGUUUAAGACGGAGUACCAGCUGAGGCUGUUGAAGGAGAGUUUUCAGAGGUGUCCUCACCCCGACGACCUGGAGAUAGAGCGUCUCAUGAGACUCACAAGACUCAGCAAGCAAGACAUCCGCAACUACUUUUCCGACAAGCGCUACGACGUCUUUAAACGAAACCCGCACAAGAUGCACCAGUUGUCGCACCAGCCUCACGAGCCGCCUAGCACCUUGGAAGACUAUCUAGACGAGGACGACUCUCUCCCGACCAUGGUUCCUCCGGGCACCAACCUGGUCCUCUCCCCGGCGGACAUCCUGACGCGGAAACGAAAACGUGACGAUGUAGAAGACUUUGAAGAGGACGGCAAAAUCGACGGAAAGAAGACCGCCUUCCAGCUGGACGUCAUCAAAGCCAGCUUCUCUCUCAACCAGAGGCCAGGAGAUACCGAAGUGGCAAGGAUAAACAAACUAACAAAGUUAUCGAGGAAAGAAAUCCUGUGCUGGUUUGGAGACACGCGAUACGCGUUCAAACACGGGAAGGUCAAGUGGAUCGAGAAGUACCGAAAGAUGGUGGAAGAUCCUCACUAUAAGAAGUACUUCGGCUACGAUGAUGACAGCACCAGUGCACCGACAUCAGGGGUGACGUCUCCUGUUACGGUGACGUCUGCGCCCCAUUCCGUACCGUCAUCUCCCAUCCAUCACUCUACGCAGGUGUCGAGCGCUGAAUCUACACCAACGCAGAGUCACCAGCCUCCUCAGACUGAGAGUCCGACAGCGCAGCGCUCUCCCGAAGAACAACGAAGCCCAGUUUCAGGCAAGGAAUCCAUCAUGGGCCUGCAGAGUAUCGUCUCGUCCAUGAAUCCUCCCAAACCCCUGACUAAUGUGGAGAAGCUGAAGAUGCUGACUGAACAGUACGAGAGAUGCCCCUUCAUCCUGUAUCAUGAUGCCGAGGAGCUGGCCAAAGAGAUUGACCUGCGGGUGGAACAAGUGUUAUCCUGGUUUGAGAGGAAGCGCGAAGAAGAGAAGAAGGACACUAACGAUGAGGAUGGACAUGAGUCUGAUGAGGAUUCACCGUCCCGCCUGGCACAGAGAGCAGCCAACAUUCCCCAGCGACCCCGCCCACUGCUGGACCCCGACAUGCAGAUUCAGAUCAGACCUCCGAUGUCCCAACAGCAGAGACCGCCCGCAGUCACGCACAUCAUGAACCAACAGAGACCCAUCGCGCCGCGGCCCGUCAUGCAUCCCAGUCUGCGCCCGGUGGCGUCGCCGCCGAUGCCGCGACAACACGCUCCGCAGCAACUCAGGAUGCAGGUUCCGGGGGGUGUGCCAGGACAAAACUUUGUCAUGGUGAGCCAGGUCCCCCAACAACACCACAUGGUACAACAGGGCAUGAUGGGUCCGGGUGGUCGACCUCAGAUCAUCUACACCAUCGUACCCAACCAGCCGACACCCAACACGCCGUCCCAACCACAGGCCAUCCGUGUCCAGUCAGCGAUGAGCCUCGCCACCGGUCAACAGGUCAUGAUGCAGAGUUCCCCUCCGCUACAACAUCAGGGUGCCCCCUCCCAACCCCAGCCUACCAUGGUAGUGUCGUCCCCCCCACCAGCUAAUGUACAUCAACAACAACAACACAACGACAGGCCCAACGACUUGGUCCGAAGUAUUCUCGCCUCGUGUAAGAUAGACAUUUCCAACUGGGAGACUGUUGUGUACCAGUGUCCGCGAUGCAAGGCGGUGUUCCCGCGAUGGGCUCCGCUAGAGAACCACGAAAAGAUCUGUAACACGCCGCGUGAGGACGGCACGAAGGCAAAACCUUCCAUCUACCUCACCAUGGCGCUGGUGGAGUCUUACUUCAUGAAGGAAGACGUAAUGACGGAAGACGGGUCCCCGCUCUUCAAGUGUUCUCUCUGUAGCCAGCCGUACAUCGAAGAGAAAAGUCUGCCCCUGCACUUAGAAGAACACACCAAACAAGAUGUCUGUAUGAAGUACAUGUAUCAGCUUGAAUGAUACUCAUCACUCAAGGCUUACAGUCUUAGUAACUCUCUAUGGUGUGCUAGGAAUACUUGACAACAUGUUCAAUGAAAUCUUACGUGCAACUGAUUCAUGAUGACUGUAAGGCAACAUAAAAAGACUGGAAUAUCAGCAGUAUUCUUUUGGCAUUUUAAGGGGUUGCAUGAUAUUUCUUUGAAAGUCCUAUUUUUUUACAAUUACAGCUUACACAACCUCACAAUGACCAACGAAUAUCUCUGCUGUCCCCUCCCUAGUCUUGACUUAAAAUCAUUUUCAGAGUUAUAUAUCGUAAAACCAAAAUUCAUAUCAGCCCCACAGCAUUGGCUAUGGCUAAAUAGUCCUAUGCAAAAUGACAGUCUGCCAUAUAAGUCACAUCUGUAAGAUGACUUAGUUCUUUUCUGCGGAUCUUCUUUUCAGAAAGAUACAAGUGGAAGUUCAAGCUUGUCUGCCCCAUGUACAUUGUAUAAUGAUUUUUCUUAAAAUAAGAAGUUGUGAACACAACCAUUUAAUGUAAGUCCACCCAAAAGAAGGCCCAAAAAUGCGUUUUGUACGUGUAGAAAUUACAGUCUCUUCAUGCUUAAUGCUAAAAUCAUUGAAAUGUGCUUACCAAUAAGAGUGAAAGAUCAGCGCAAGAUUUUGAAAGUCCAAUAAUGUCUGAAAUUGGUCGUUGGGAGCUUACUACAUGUAGUUGAUGUACACUGGAAUUAUUCUGAGGAUUUUUAAGCAGUAAAAAGUAGAGGCCAAAAUGAAGGAUGACUAAAGAUGAUACCGACAUGAUUUGAACCUAGUGUUUAAAACACUGUAGAUAUGUAUAGCAUCUUGUACAGACAUGUAGUAUUUUACAAGUGCGGUACUAGUGUAUCUCAGCUACGAAUAGUGCAUGACUAUUGUGUUUCUAUCCUAGUUCGGUUUUAUCAUUUUAAAUGUCUUCUUCAUACAUGUAGAAAAGAAAGAUAUCCUCAACACAUAAGUUGCUGUCUAGUCAAAACAUAUUUUUACUUUUUGUAACCCAGGUUUAGAAUGGUUUCAACUGUUAAUUCUUUCUUCAAUUUUUUUUUCUUUUCUGGAAAAGCCCUUUGCUCUUUUGCACUGAAAAAGUGUAAAAUAGAGCAUGGUUUACACAUUGACAUACUAAUGUUGAUUUCGAAUUAUUGAUAGUAUUGAUAAGAUGUGGUCUUUAACAAGGAUAUAAAAUCUUAGGCCAAUACUCUUAUUUUUUGCUUCCUACGCAAGAAGUCUUUUCAGGUCGUUAUCAGACUGUCCAACAUUUUGUUUUAGUCUAACACCAAACUUUGUAAGACAUACCUAAUAGCAUUUGAAAUCAUGUCCAGACCUUAACAAGUUAAAAUCACACGUACAGAUACAGGACACAAUCGCAUAUUAUGAUGUACUGUAGCUCAAUGUUUUUAUGUCAAUUUAAGUCAGGAAAAUCAUAACCACAUAUUAAAUCCAUGAGACAUUUGAAGAAAAUGAUCUUUGUUACUCCAGUUGAUAUGCCAUCUUUGUACGUAAUACUGUAAAAGUGGAAAUGUUUGCUGUGGUUCUAUGUUUGCUGUUUUUUUGCGGCAACUUCUUAACCACAGACUCAAAACCAUCCCCAAAAUUUUGUUGUGUCUUCUGCGUACUUACAACCGAUUAAUCAUGAUCUUGAGACCGCCACGAACACUCCAUUUUUUCCCAGCAAACACUUUUCCUUUUACAGUUAUAUGUAUACUAAGUCCAGGGUCCUAAAAGUGUAAGCUUGAUAAACUGCUACCAACGAACAUGACUUCUUUGUUCAUUCGUAUCGAGGUACAAAUGUGGUUUAUGAUGUAGGUCUCUCUAUCUAAUUCUUGUGGUAGAUUUAAAAUGCACCAAAUCUACAUACAAGUACUACUUGUCAUACAAGUACGAUAUGAAAAAUAUCUUACCAUGCUUAAGUCAAUAGAAAUCAUGCACGCAAUACACAGAUAAUGUUUAGUGUACAAAGUAAAUGCAGUAUUAUUAGAAAUCAGUGCAAAGAUCUGAAUUAGCAGGACAAACUCUUUGAAGAGUUUUGUACUAACCCGCACACCUAAAUGUCUUGUUUCACAAAGGCAUAGGAGUAAAGCAGUGUUCAGUUAACAUGUACAGGUUUACUUGCAGUCUUAACUGUGAAAGAUUCUUGAAAGAAUUAUUCUAUAUUGAGAGGGACCAAAGAAAUUGUACUGAUGAGUCUAAUGCAAAAUGAUCAUGUACAGGUGCAGUGUUAUGUGUGGCAAUACUUUGUAUAACACUGGAAGAAAGAUUCAAGAUAGUGAAAGAUUGUUGUCAGAGAGCAAAAAGAAAAA